AUGUUUGAAAAUUGGCAUGGUGCUGAUGGCUCCAGUCUCUUUUGGGUUUCUGCUGAUCCCGGCUGCGGCAAAUCCGUGCUGGCCAAGUACCGACAUUGCCAGACUUUGCGUCCCGCUAGCAUGGCGACCCGGGAUCAAAUGACCGCGAGGAAUGCAGGAUGUGCAAUUCUGCGCUGGAUUUUCUUGCCACAGCCGCACCUGCCACGGGAUUCCAACCUGGACCAGUUCGCCGCGGACGGGGAGAAAUUGACACAGUCCUUUGGUGACCUCUGGUCCAUAUUUGCAGUUACGACGGCAGAUCUAAGCAUGGGACAGAUUAUUUGCAGUCUAAACGCCUUGGAUAAAUGCCAGAUUGAUGAGCGCGGUGGUCUCAUGGAAGCGGUGAUGCGGUUUCACCAGGGAGGCGUGCGAAAUGGCAAUGUGAGAUUUCUUGUCACCGGCAGACCGUAG